AUGAGGGAAAUGUUUUCAUACAUGAGUGAGCAAAAGGACGGCUAUGAAUUUAUUGUCUCAUGGCAGCUACUCGGCAAGCAGGUUGGCCGAGACAAAGAGGCUUUCCGAAAAUCAGAUAUCUUGUACAAGUUCUUUGGCGCGGAGGAUGAUCCGCACUGA